CAAUGUGGAUUUGGUUUUCAGUCCGCAAACGAACGUUGUCUUGAGCACAACAACGUCUUGAACGUCUCUCGAGUUAGCGUCUCUGUUUCUGCCUCUGUAACCGAUCGCGUCGUGCUGUUCUCUCUCACUCACUCGCUCUCUGUCUGUCUCGUUCUCUGUCUACCGCACAUGAGUGUGUGUGUGUGUGUUAGUGUGUUACCUGUGCUGCUGCUGCUGCUGCUGUUGGCCCGUUGCUAAAUUAUUAUUCUUCUUGAUUUUUUUUUUCUGUGCCGUUGCCACUGCAAACUGGUUGGCUCUAACUGUGUGUGUGUGCGUGUAUUUUUCUGUUUGUGUGCGUGUGUGUAUCUGUGUGCAGCAGCAACAGAAGCUAGCUGAAAAAGCAGACGAAGAAAAAGAAGAAGAAGAAGAAGAGGAAAAGGAAGAAGAAGCAGUCAAUACAGAACAAGAAACUACGAAACGGAACAACAGUUUCUAACUUCCCCCCCUUAACCCAAAACUGAACACUUUUUACCCCCUCUCUCUCUCUCUCUCUCUUACACUCAUCAUCAUCAUCAAUCUCUCGUUCAUUUCGUGAGAUUUUCAACCUUAAUUCAAGUCCAAUAUAAAAUCUUAUUCUUAACAAAAUGCCCUGUUCGGCCGUUACAUUGUCAAUAGCCACAAUUUGUGCAAUUAUAGCCACAGCCUUACUGGCAAUUGCCUUCUCCACAGACAAUUGGCUUCACUAUGAUGUCAGACGCAAUCAGAUUCAGGCCUUUGCUGCCAAGCAUUCGGAUGCCGAAUCUCUACUCCAUAAUAUGAAUGUAAAGUAUUAUUAUUAUACAAGGACUCGUGGUCUAUUCCGCAUCUGUUAUCCAAAAGAGAGACCGCCAGCAACAGCAGUGCCCACAUAUUUGUCGCCAAUUGAGACACACUGUUCGAAUAUUGAUUAUUUCCCUCAAGUGGAGGAUGACAAGAUUUCUAAUGAGGAUGCCACUUCCCGUUUGCAUUUGGCCCGCUCAUGCAUUGCCCUGUUCAUUAUCAGUUUUGUGACCAUAUUCUGUGCAUUCUGGACAGGUUUAUCGGGUUGCUGGAAACGUUCAUCGGGCGCCAUAACGGCCACAUCGAUAUUAUUGCUGGUCACCUGUCUAUUGGCAGCUGGAGCCAUGGGUCUUUGGCAUACAGUGGAGUUCUUUGAAAAGGAGAAAGUUGUGGGCGAAGACUAUUUCCAGCAAUGGAAUACGGUUCUACGAGAUAACACGAAAAUCGUCUACGAUUGGUCCUAUAUUGUUGCAUGGGCUGGCAUCGGAACAUGUCUUUUGUCUGCCAUUUUACUAUCAGGAGCUGCUGUCUGCUUGCGUAAUGAGCGCGAAAAGGAGGAACAAUUGAAUCUGCAAUAUUUGAUGCCUGUGUACUCACAAAAGCAGCCACCUUAUCCUCCCUAUGCCAAUUAUGCUCAACCUCAAAUCUAUCCAGGACCCUAUUAUCAUGGCUCUCAAUAUGGACCCUACAACUACUAACAAAGGAGCUCCCAAAAGACCCAGAAGAAGCAAAUGGAGGUGUUCCCCCAGUUAAAGAAACAAGAGAAAAGAAAAAGAGAAACAAAUUAAAAACAAAAAAGACAUUUAGAAACAUAUUUUCCUCUUUUUUUUGCGUCGUAUCAGAGUUUAGUUAAUAGGCAUAAAUAGAUAUAUAGUAUCUAUUAUAUAUCGAUUUUCGAAAGGGACUUGAGUCAAAUAUAAAAAUAUUUAAAAAGAGGAAAUAAAAUUGAAAGUUGCGUCAAUUUGGGUGCAACUUGCUUCUCUACGUAUCACUAUAUUAUAUAUAUAUAUAUAUAUAUAUUUAUAUACAUAUAGCAUGUGUAUGUGAACAAAAGAAAAGACAAUAAAGAUUUAAUUUAUUGUAGCAUAUUACGUACAUAUAGCCUUAUUUUUAUUACAAUAUAUAAUUAAUAAUUACGUAUGUAGUCAUUAAGCUCUGUCAAUUCGUUCUUUUUUUUUUUUGUAUAAUAUAAAAUGAUGAGAAUUUUUGUCUUCCACGUUUUGUAUGUAGUCGAUUUGCAUAUAUGAUUGUAUGUUUAAAUAAAUAACAAAUAAAACAGUUUUCACAUUAAAGAAAAA